AGGGGUCUCCACAGCUGCCUCUGCUCCUCCUGCCUGACUGCCUCCCUCUGCUUGCGCAGCCUCGGGACAAUGGCUGCUGCCUACUCGCUCUGGAUGGGGUUGGUCCUGUUGGGGGUCCUGCAGAUGGGGGCCCAGACCCAGGACUCCCUGCAGCCCAACUUCCAACAGGACAAGUUCCUGGGGCGUUGGUUCACCGCGGGCCUUGCCUCCAACUCGACCUGGUUCCUGGAGAAGAAGGCAAAGAUGUCCAUGUGCAAGUCCGUGGUAACCCCCACUGAGGAAGGCAGCCUCAACCUGACCACCACCUUCUUCAGGAAAAGCCAGUGUGAAACCUGGACCAUGCUGCUGCAGCCAAUGGAAGCUCCAGGCAGCUUCAGCUACACCAGCACGCGCUGGGAUAGCACCUUUAAUGUGAGGGUGGUGGAGACCGACUAUGAACGGUAUGCCCUGCUGUUCACCUCAGGCUCCAAAGGCCCCAGCCAGGACUUCCAUAUGGCUACCUUCUACAGCCGCUCACAAAGCCCAGAGGCUGCUCUGAAAAAGAAGUUCAGCACCUUUGCCAAGGCCCAGGGCUUCACAGAGGAUUCCAUUGUCUUCCUGCCCAGAACUGAUAUGUGCAUGGAAGAAGAGAGAUAGGUGACCCCAGCUCUCAGGAUGGCUGUCCUGCCCUGCUCAACUCUCUUCCUUCAAGAGCCCCUGAGUCUGCAGUUUGGUGCCCUCACUCCCACCUCUGCCCUCAGCCUCAUUCUUGUUUGAGAAAUAAACUCUAGAAGCAGUCACAGCACCUCCU